CAGUAAAUCCGAUCUAGGCCGAUUCCUCUCACGUCAAACCACAUGAUCCCAUAAAACAUUCAUCACCUUCCAGCCCCCGCUCCAGCAGCCGCCACCAGCUUCCCCGGCCGCUCGCCUCGCCUCGCCUCCUCUCCUGGCGCCCGGGAUCGCGUGCUCCCAGCCGGGGAAACCGCUAUCCUGCAAACCCCGACGAGGGCUACGGAGCAGCGCCCGGGCAAGCCAGCUCGAAGGCAGCCGGGAGCCGGGAGCCCUGCCCGCCGGUGCGCAUUGGAGCCGCAGCGCAGCCUAGCCCGGCGCGGUCUGUUGGAGGGGAGGCUCCGUCCGCCUGGAUGGUGGCUCCGGCCGCGGGACUGCUGCGCCUCGUCCUCCCGAUGAGCGAGACGGGCCCCACCGGCAGAGGCAGCAGCCCCGUCGCCGCGCUCGGGGGGAAGUUUGCAUGAGGCUCCGCCGCGCCGCUCUGCUCCCCGCCGAGGAAGGAUUUGCGCCCGUUUGCCCGCCUCCGAGACCGGCCUCGCCGAGCCCCUAAAAUGAAGAGGGCGAUUGCUGAAGGAAGCAAACUGCUGAUUUUGAUGCUUUGCUUGAACUUCCCGUCGGAAGCAGAAUUUUGCCCUGUGGCGUGUGUAUGUUACAGUGAACCCAAGAUUACCAUCAGCUGUCAGCUGCAAGGACUUGGCGCCAUCCCCACCGAGAUCCCCAUCCAGACCCAGCGCAUCUUCCUACACAAUAACAAGAUAACCUUGAUUGGGUCCACCAGCUUCACCUCUUGCCGCAAUAUGUCCAUCCUGUGGAUCCAUUCCAACAACAUUAGCCUAGUUGAGCCUGGGGCAUUUUACGGGCUUGACAAAUUGGAAGAGCUUGACCUCAGUGACAAUGUGAACCUGCGUUCCAUCAACCCUUCCACUUUCCAGGGCCUCAUCCACCUUCAUACCUUGCACCUCGAUCGUUGUGGAUUGCUGGAGCUGUCCACGGGCCUUUUCCGGGGGCUUUUUUCUUUGCAGUAUCUCUACCUGCAGGAUAACAACCUGCAGAAUCUCCAGGACGACACCUUCAUGGAUCUUGCUAACCUCACCUAUCUUUUUUUGCAUGGUAAUAAAAUAAAGAGUUUAUCGGAAAACGUCUUUCGGGGGUUGAUUAACCUGGAUAGGCUUCUUUUGCAUCAGAACAGGGUUAGCGUGGUCCAUCACAGGGCUUUCCAUGAUCUUGGGAAAGUGAUGACCUUGUACCUUUUUAAUAAUAACCUAACGGUGCUUACAGGAGAUACGAUGGCUUUCUUGGUGUCCCUCCAGUAUUUACGGCUGAACGGCAACCAAUGGGUGUGUGACUGCCAAGCCCGGUCUCUCUGGGAUUGGUUUAAGCAGUUUAAAGGAUCUUCCUCGGAACUGGAAUGCCACCUGCCUCUUCACUUGGCGGGGAGGGAUCUUAAGCGGCUGCAGAGCUCUGACCUGGAAGGAUGCAUUGACUCUUUCAACCAGAUAAGAACGAGCAUUUUUAGCACUAAGACCAGAACUGGCAAAUUGCCGACGGCCAACCCAACUCUAAAUCCUCACAACAGUUCGCGAAAAUGCUGCCAGCCAGAAAUGGAUAAAUCUUUUAUUUAUGAAGCCAAAGGCAAGACGAGUCCAUCUUCCCACAGCAGCCGGGCUUCCCCGAACAACCCUCUGAAGGAUAAGGAGAAUAUGUCCAAAACCAAGUUCCAAGCGGAGAUGGACCUUUCCAAAAAUGGAAGCAACAAACAGAUCAAUGACUCUCCCUUUGGGACAUUCCCCAGUGUGGUGAACCCUCCGCUGACCAAUUUGAAACCCGAAUUCUUGGGCCCAAUUGAUCCCUCCACAGUCCCAACCAAAAAGAGGCAGGGGUGUUCUAAAAAGAACAAGUCUCGGUCACAGUGCCGUGUCACUCAACCAGCACCCAGUUCCACAUCACAGCUAAGCCCAUUGAUCCCCCCCUUGGUGUGGAGCCUAUUUUGGUUCUGCUAAACAAGCCACUCCCCCGCCCCCUUGAUGAAUGAUACUUCAAUCCCAGACAUUGGCUUAAAAAUAAAAAUGAAACCCACCUCUACAAAACAUUGUGAAUGAGAAGAAGGUAACCUAUACCCAGAGAAAACUUUGUUACAUAGAAAGUUAACUGGAUGCCUUUACACACACACACACACACA